UCUCAUUCGGCGUUUUUCUGCGUAACUGUGUGGACGUUAUUCUGAACGGCAACCAAAAACCCAUCAGGCAUUCAACUUUAAAAGCAGCAGAGCUACCUGAAAAAAGUGGUCAAGCAAGAGUAAUUGCACAAAUUUAUGAAAUUUGCGAAUCUUGUACCUACGUGCUUUGGUUUUAAUUAAAAACAAGUCGUGUUUGCGUACGCGUGCUACUGCAAAAAAGUAUAACUAACCACUUUUCGCGCUUCUCUUUGAAAAGUAAUUCUUUAAAAGUUAAAAUGGCUGAUGUGGCUGAGAAAAAGAACGAGACCCCCGUGGUUGAGAAAGUUGCCGCUGAAGAGGUUGAUGCUGUAAAGAAGGAUGCCGUCGCUGCCGACGAUGCAGCAACAGAGACACCGACCACCACAGAGAACGGUGCCGGCGAGGAGUCGAGCAGCAGCGUCGAUGGCGCUAAGGAGAACGGUGCUGAGGCCAGCGCCGAAGCUACACCCGCUGCCGACGCUGUUGAUGGUGAGAAGACCGACGCCGCAGCACCAGCCGAUGAGAAGAAGGUAGAUGAGGAGGCUGAGAAGACAACAGCUGAGGCCAAGCCAAGUAGCGAGGCCGCCGCAGCCGUUGAGAAUGGUGCCGAUGAUGCAGAGGCAGCUAACGGUGACUCAAAAGAUGCGCCCUCCGCUGAAGCUGUGAAGCGAAAGGUGGAUGAUGCUACCGCUAAAGCCGACGAGGUCGUUGCCACGCCAGAGAAGAAGGCGAAGCUGGACGAGGCCAGCUCAAAGGAUGAAGUUCAAAAUGGGGCCGAAGCCAGCGAGGUGGCUGCCUAAAGAGUCCUGGCUAACUGCAUCGCAUCGCAUCGCCCGCUCAGCCAGCAGCACAGUAAUACAUUUAAAUUUACUAACACACACACAAACAAAUCACACACAAAAUGCGCUCACGCACUCAUGCACAAACAUACGCACACACAUACCAACACUGACAUGUUAUUUGUAUAUGUGUGAGUGUGGGUGUGCAUGUGUGUGUGCUGGCGUUUCUAACAAUCCUGUAAAAAGGGAGCGUAGUCUUAAAAUGUACCGAUUCUCUCUGACUUUACUAACAAAACAAAAGAAACAA